UAGCUGCUUCUCCGUUACAUGAUCAGACAAGAGAAAGCAAAUAGUGUGUGAAAGAAUAAUGAUAGUGAGAACACCACCAUUGAAGCGAAAAGCGCAACAGGAAGAUGGAAGUAGUCCCAGCUCCGGCGGCAAUAGGCCGCUCGUCAUAUUCGAGGACACACCCUUAUCAUCUCACCAUCACAAUCACCCUCAAUCUUCCGACCAAAUGCUCUGCACUUAUCAAUGCCGCCAAAUGGUGAAAUCAGAGUUUUUUGAUGCCUUAAGCAGUGCAGAAAAGCAAGCUCGUGAUAACCAAUCCAAACUUGAAGCACUAAACAAUGAUUAUCUUAAAGCUGAUGCUGAAAGGAAGAAAUUUCGUGAUCAAUUCCUCAAUGCAGAGCAAGAACUAGCUGCUUCUAAAGGGCGCGAAGAGGCUCUGCAGGACCAGCUAAUGAAGGAGGUCAACGUUUCUCAAGAACGGCUCAGAAAACAAUUGCAGUUGUGCAGUGAACUUGAGAUGAAGUUCCAACACGAGAUGAAUCUUCGUAAAAAAGCUGAGACAUCAGCUGCUGCAGCAGAAGAAAAAGCAAGUCUUUUAGAGAGAAAUCUUAAUAGUGUGUCGGAAAGCAUAGAAAGAGAGAAAAGUCGCCUGCGGAAUGAGCUUGAGCAGCUGAAAAGUGAAUCCAAGUUUUCUAUUACAAAAAUAAGUAAAAAUCUUGAAAGAAUGGAAUUCAGAGCUAACAAUGCUGAGAAAGAGUCAGUUCUGCUGAAGGAGCAGCUGGAAGAACUAAGGAAGAGAUUUGACGAGUGCAUGCAGCAGAAAAUUGAAGCAGAGAAGAAACUGUCAAAUUUCACAUUUCAAGAAGGUUGUUCUAGUGACAACAACAUUUUGGUGAAACAUUUGCAGGAGGAACUUCGGAGCUAUGAGACUGAAGUGCGUGAAGCAAGAAAGAUGAAGUCAUCUCAUGAAAAUAUAGAGUUACUGAAGGAAAAAAUACUUGAGGAAAAAGGCCGGAGAGAGAGGGCAGAGUCGGAGCUGCUAAAACUAGCAGUGCUUCAAGGGGAUAUGGAGAAGUUAGAGAAUGAACUAAAUGCUUGGAAAUCAAUGGUUAAAGACAUUCCUGGUGCAUCAUGUGCUGAUGAUGUGCCUCCCAAGUUUGCGGCUCUGCAGAGAGAAGUGCUUGAUAGCAUGACGAAGGUGGGUGAGAUCCAGGCCCGACUUAAGCAAAUGGAGGUGGCUCUCGACGCUGCUGAGCUUGAGAAAAGGAAAGCAGAGAAUGAGGCUGUACUUGCGAAGGAGAAGGCAGAAUCGUCAAAAUCAGAAAUCAAGAGGAUUGAGUCGAAGCUUGCUUCUGUUAUGGAGGAAAAGGACUGUUUGAAAAAUGUCAUUGAGGACUUCAGGAAGCAAAAGAGUGUUGAAAGUGGUCAUGAACUGGCCAGUGGAGCUGUUCUUCAGGAGCUUGAAGCAUCUCUCGCCAAGAAAGAAAUCUGUAUAAAGGAACUGGAGAGCAGUUUAUCUGAACAGAAAGAAGUUAAUAUUCGUCAGCUCAAUGAAAUAAAGUUUCUCAAUGAGAAACUAAAUAAUGAAGCUAGAAGAAUAAAAUCUGUGGAGAGGGAGGGUGACCGCUUACGUUCUGAGAUAGCUCUCUUGGAGUCCAAGUUAGGGCACGGGGAUUAUUCAUCUGCCAAUACUAAAGUUCUGCGAAUGGUCAACACCCUGGGAGUUGAAAAUGAGGCAAAACAAACAAUAGAGGCUCUUCAGAACGAGUUGCAGAAGACAAAAGAGAAGUUGCUGGCUGUUGAAGAGUUAAAAGAGCAGUCAGCUGAUGCGGGUAUGGUUGAUUCUUAUAUUUCUGGAAAGAUUAUGCAGUUGAAAGAGCAAAUAGCAACAUUAGAAAAGCGUGAGGAGCGAUACAAGACAGUUUUUGCUGAUAGGAUCUCUGUUUUCAGAAGGGCAUGCUGUGAACUUUUUGGCUAUAAGAUUGUGAUGGAUGAUCACCAGCGUCCAGAUGGAAUACCGGUUACAAGGUUUAUGCUUCAAUCAAUUUAUGCUCAAAGUGAUGAUGAAAAGCUUGAAUUUGAAUAUGAAUCAGGGAAUACAAACAUUUUGACGAACAAGUACACCUCUCAGCCUGACAUAUCCCAACAGGUUGAAAUAUUCAUUCGAAGAAUGAAUUCAAUACCUGCCUUCACAGCCAAUUUAACUGUAGAAUCUUUCAACAAGAGAACAUUGUCUUGAUGUAACAACACAUGGCGGUUUCUUCGUUCCCUUUCUCUGGCUGGCGAUAGGAAUUUAGACUGAUGUUCUUUCUGAUUUAUUGGAAAGUGUUAAUGUUGGUGCCAAUUUUGUAACUAAGCUUAAACCGAAUAAGUGCAUCUUCAUGUCUC